AUGAAACCAACUCUACUCUACUCUGCAGCAUUUGCAUGCCUUGCAUCUUUUGCAUUGGCUAACCCGCUGGCCAACGCCAACGCUGAUAUAUCCAAGCGCGAUACCGCGGCCGCCAUGGGAGCAUUGAAAGGAUGCAGUGGAUCGCGCACCAACGGCGACCACUGCUCUGGAAGGAGGCUGGGUCCCCAGAAUUCGUUUCGAAAUUGCAAAAACCGAGACGGAAGAUGCUGCGCCAAAAAUAAAGAUGGCACGGGUGGAUUGGAUGUAGGACACGGUAUGGGAAGAGAAGAUUGCGGAUUCUGCUUCAGUGGGAAGUGUAAAGCUUGA